AUGGACUGGCCGCAGCCGAAUUCUCCUCCGCCGGUGAACUGGGACGCACUGGACGCCCUUAUCCUCGACUUCGCCAGAUCCGACCGCCUCGUCGCCCAUCCUCCCGCUGCACCCGCCCCCGCCCCAGCCUCCCCCUCGCCGCCGUCCUCACCCUCCUCCUCUACUACCACCGUCACCUCCUCGGCCCCAUCCUCGUCUUCGUCGUCCUCUUCCUCAUCCUACCGGUCGCGCCUCCUCAUCCGCUGCGCGCGCCGCGCGCUCGAGCUGGGAGACGUCGACGCGGCCCUCGCGCUCCUCCGGGCCCACGCGCCCACCGCUCUUGCCGACCACCGCCUCCUCUUCUACCUCCACAAGCAGAGAUUUGUGGAGCUGGUGAGGAGGGGCACGGAGGCGGACAGGGACGCCGCGCUCGACUGCCUCCGCACGGCGCUCGCGCCCUGUGCGCUCGACGCCUACCCGGAAGCUUAUGAGGAGUUCAAGCAUAUAAUGCUUGUGUUGAUAUAUGACAAAGAUGAUCAAUCUUCCCCAGUUGUUAAUGAGUGGUCUAUAAAGAGGAGGUUUGAACUUGCUGGUCUACUAUCAUCUAUACUAAGAGCUCAUUUAGAAGCUUAUGACCCUAUUCUAUCGCUGAUGUUAAGAUACUUAAUCAGCAUUCACAAGGCAUUUUGCAAGCGCCAAGGAAUUUCAUCACCUAUAUCUGAUCUCACUGAGCGACUGCUAUUUGAGGAUCGUGAUCCCCCUGUGGUUCCUCAGGAAUGCUUACUCGAAGCACCACCAUUUGAUGAGGUUGAUGUUCAAGCCCUAGCGCAUGCUGUGGAGUUGACAAGACAAGGUGCUGUGGAUAGCUUGAAGUUUGCAAAAGGAAAUUUAUACCAAGCAUUUCAGAACGAAUUGUGUCGGAUGAAGCUGGACCUGACACUUCUGGAUAAACUUGUACACGAGUAUUGUGUAUACAGGGGAAUAGUUGAAGGCAGUUCGCAUGUUCUUUCUGGAACUGCUGACUUGAAAUGUAAACAAAAUAAUGAUGUUAAUAACGAAACACAGCUUGAGUGUGAAAUGACCAACAGUCAGAAUGGACAUUGUAGCACCAGCAGUAUCACUCGCGACGAUUCUUGGUCCAGGAGGUUACAUAGGGUUAGAAAUAGUACGUCUGGGCAGCGAAGACGAAAGAGAUGGAGAGGACGGCUAGAUGAUCUUGAUUACGCUUGUGACGCGUUGUUGGAUUCUAGUAAGCAUGAUCGUUUGUCUACUACCCUUGAUAUGGACGAAGAUACUAUGGUAGAAAAACAGGACUUGGUGGUAAAUUUUAAUUUGUCUGAUAAUAUACACAUGGAAGACCAGAAAUAUGAAAUUAUUUUGGAAAUGCGGGACCUCACGCGAAAAGGGAUGGCUUCCAAAGUUGUUGAGGAAAUAAGCAGUAUAGAUCCUGAUUUCUUUCAACAGAACCCUAUUCUUCUGUUUCAACUGAAACAGGUUGAAUUUCUUAAGCUGGUAGCUGCUGGUGAUCAUGUAUCUGCUCUCAUGGUUGCAUCCACUCAUCUGGGACCACUUGCUGCCAAUAACGAAGCUCUACUGAAGCCCUUGAAGGAAACUUUGGUGACAUUAAUUCAACCCAAUCGAGAUGUACUAAUGAAUGCAUUAUCAUUGCCAGUACUUGCCAGUUCUCUCCAGGUUGCAAUGAGCAGAAGGCUUGGUAUUGAAGAGCCUCAGCUAAUGAAGCUAGUCAGAACAACAAUCCAUACACACACUGAAUGGUUUAAGCUUCAGAUGUGCAAGGACCGUUUUGAGCACUUUUUGAAGAUUGGUUCUCUGAAAGAGGUUGAUCCAUCAUUGGGGAGUCACAGUAUGUCCAAGGUCCUUACAGAUGAAUGUGGAAAUGGAUCAUCUCAAAUCACAACAUGUUCAAGUGGCAAGGUGCCAGAUGAAGGUAGUAGCCCUCAAGUCUCAUCAGAAGUUUCCUGUGAUGAAAAUGCUAUACUGAAGGUUAUGGAAUUCCUUGCGUUGCCAAGGGCGGACGCCAUCCAACUCCUCAUGCAGUACAAUGGAAAUGCAGAGACAGUCAUCCAACAGAUCUUCCAAUAG